AUGGGUAGUAAAAGGUCAGCUGAUCCUGGUUGGACUUACGGGACGCUGGUAGAAGGAAGCAAGACCUCAGUAAGGUGCAAUUUUUGUGGUUUUGUCUCAACUGGCGGGAUAACAAGGCAUAAACAUCACCUUGCUUGGGAUUCCCCCGAUGUGGCGAGAUGUCCCAAGGUUCCCGAUGACGUGAAAAAGCUAUUCAUAGAACUUUUUGAGAAGAAGAAACGUGUAAAAGAGACGGCAAACAGCAUACCACAUUUUGAUGAAGUGGUCGAGGUAGAAGAAAAUGAUGAAGAUGAAGAAGCGGCUCAAUCUCAAUCAAAGGGAAAGAGAGUGGCUUCAUCAGCCGGUGCUAGUGAUGCUAAUAAAAAAGCAAAAGGCCCUUUGUAUGCAAUGUUUAAGCCAUCGCUUACAUCGGGGAAGAAAGGGGGAAACUUGGUAGGAAGCGUAGAGCACAAUGAAACACAAAAGAAACUAAGACUUGAUGCAGUUCAAAAGUUUUCUCGUUGGAUGUAUGAUGCGGGGCUUUCUUUCAAUGCGGUGACGUACGAUAGUUUGGGGCCCGCAAUUGAAGCAAUUGGUAGAUAUGGGUGCGGUAUGAAACCCCCUACGUAUCACGAGGUACGUGUUCCUAUGCUGAAGUUAGAGAUGGAACACACCAAAAAACUUUUGCGUGAUAAUGAGGUUGAAAAGUCAACCUAUGGGUGUUCGUUGAUGGCUGAUGGUUGGAGGGAUCGGAAAGGAAGGGCGUUAAUCAACUUCCUAGUUAACACUCCUCGAGGGAGUAUGUUCGUUGAAUCAGUCGAUGCUUCUAGCUAUUCUCACACCGGUAACAACAUGUUCAAGUUGUUUGACCGAUUAAUUCAGGAGGUUGGGCCAAAGGAUAUUAUUCAACUUGUGACUGAUAGCGCAAGUAACAAUGUAGCUGCGGGUAAACUUGUGGAAGAAAAAUACCCGCACAUAUAUUGGACUCCAUGUGCGGCCCAUUGCAUUGAUUUGAUGUUUGAAGACAUCUUCAAGUUACCCGACUUAAAGGGUUGUCUUGAAAGGGCAAUUGCGGUGAACACAUACAUAUAUAACCGCACAUUGCUACUCAACAUGAUGAGAGAGUUCACCGGGCAGAAAGAUAUGGUUAGGCCCGCGAAGACCAGAUUUGCGACCGCUUUUAUCACUCUAAAUUGUUUCAAGGUAAACAAACAAAACCUAAAAAAAAUGUUCACCUCCGAAAAGUGGAGCACAAGCAAGUUCGCAAUGGAGACUGGAGGUGCACGUAUAGCGAAUACUAUAUUGUUGCCAACCUUUUGGAACCACGUAAACUUUGCGGUGAAAAUUGGGUAUCUAUUGUUAGGAGUGCUUCGUUUAGUUGAUGGAGAGAAAAAGCCUCCUAUGGGUUAUAUUUAUAAUGCUAUGAAAAAGGCAAAGGAGUUGAUUGCUUCCUCUUUCAAAAAUAAAGAAGCAAAGUAUAGAGACAUUUUCAAAAUAAUUGAUAAAAGGUGGGAUUGUCAGUUACAUCAACCUUUGCAUGCAGCGGGAUAUUAUUUGAAUCCUGGUUUGUAUUACAACAAUCCAGAGGUGGAGGAUGAUACUGAGGUGAUAAGUGGGUUACAAGCAUGCAUUAUGAAGUUGAUAUUAAACGAAGAUGAGCAGAUACAGAUUAACACUGAGCUCCCGCUAUAUCGACGUGCUGAUGGGAUUUUCGGAUAUCCAAUGGCAAAGAAAAUGCGAGCAAAGCUUGCGCCAGUGGAGUGGUGGAUGCAAUAUGGAGCAACGGCACCGGCUCUAAAAAAGUUUGCAAUCAAGCUUCAUUCCAAAAAGAGAAACCGACUUGAGCAAAGCAAGCUUAAUGAUCUUGUGUACAUCAAGUAUAAUCGGGCUUUACGAAGAAGAUAUGAUAUGCGUGAUACGAUUGACCCGAUUAUCUUAGAUGAUGGAAAUGUACAAGAUCCAAAUGAGUGGUUGAAGGGAGCUUUAGAGGGGUUAGAAGAGGAUGAAGAAAAUGCACUUGUUCAUGAGGGUGAAGAUUUGACAUACGGUGAUGUUGCAACGGCUGUCGGGGCGAGAGAGCCAUUGCAUUAUACUAGAAGAAGUGCAAAUGCUAGUAAAAGGGGUGAGGGAACGUCAACAUCGACGUCAAGCUCAAGGCCUAAGCCUAAGCCUAAGAGAAGAACUUUAAUAGAUGAAGAUGAAUAUGAUGUGGAAGUCGAAGAAAAUGAUGUUGCGCCUUAUAAACAAUUUGUGCCGACAUUGGAUGCCGUUGUUGACGAUGAUGAUGAGCCGGAAUAUGAAGAUUUAGAUGAUUUAGCUUAUUAG